UGACGCGGCCGACUCGGGUAUUUAAAGACAACGAUUUCUUCUCCAAAGGCAGUGUUGAACGGACAACAGUUGAAGGAAGAGCUACUCCAAGAAAAGACCUACAGUAUAUCGUUGAUAUUGCAGCAGACAACGAAUCCAACCACCAGUACUUUUAGCAACCAGAGCCAUGAAGAUUUUGGCAUUUGUCCCACUCAUGGUGGCGUCCGUUUUGGCAAUUCCCCAAUACGGUCAACCUCCACAAGCAGGUCAAACGGUUCCGAUUACCAAGGAACAAUGGGCCUCCCUUAACCCGUAUGGGUCUUCAGCAACCUACGACAUUCAGAAACAGUGGGAAAAUUUCUAUGAGUACCUUCCUUGGCUGAAGGGUCCUCCUGGCCCACCAGGACCACCAGGAGCUCCUGGUUCUUCUGGUGGAGGUGGUGGAGGUGGCGGUGGUGGCUAUGGAGGCUACGGAAGUAGUUCCUAUGCUCAACCCCAAGUCAUUCCUGGACCUCCCGGCCCACCUGGCCCUCCAGGUUCUCCAGGAUACAAAGGUGAUGCAGGUGCCCCGGGAACCCCGGGAUACUCUGGAAAACCCGGACAACCAGGACCUCCCGGUAAACCAGGUGCACCAGGAUACCCUGGACCGAAGGGAACACCAGGCUAUAAUGGAGCUCCAGGAUCACCAGGCAAACCAGGCUACAACGGUGAAAAGGGAGCUCCUGGUUAUAAUGGCGCUCCAGGUCUCCCAGGCGGCCCUGGCCUACCUGGUAAAGACGGAUACUCGGGAGCUCCCGGACCAGCAGGACUUAAAGGUGAAACAGGUCCACCAGGUUACACAAUCCCAUCCAAAAUCCCUGGCCCUCCUGGCCCACCAGGAUACCCUGGCAAAGAUGGAGCCCCAGGAUACUCUGGCGGUCCUGGUCCUGUUGGUCCUCCCGGCCCUGUUGGACUCCAAGGACCACCUGGCAAGCCCGGCACAAAUGGCUAUCCAGGUGGACCUGGACCUAAGGGUGAUGCUGGAACUCCUGGCUACUCUGGAGCUCCUGGCAAGGAUGGAUAUCCCGGUGCACCCAGCAAGAUACCUGGCCCCCCUGGACCUCUGGGACCUGCUGGCCCACCUGGCUACAAUGGUGCUCGUGGUAAAGAUGGCUUCCCAGGUGGACCUGGUCUUCCCGGAAAAGACGGACUUCCCGGUGCUCCAGGAUACACAGGUGCGCCAGGCCUUCCAGGUAAGCCAGGCAAAGAUGGUUAUACUGGCCCAGCUGGUACUCCUGGUUACCCUGGCGGUCCAGGCCCAGUUGGCCCCCAAGGUAAACCCGGUGCUCCUGGGUACCCCGGUGGUCCAGGUCCAGUUGGUCCAGUAGGUAAACCAGGCCCAGGGGGCCCUCAAGGUAAACCAGGCUCUCCGGGCUACCCUGGUGGUCCCGGGCCAGUUGGACCUCUCGGCCCCGUCGGCCCUGUUGGUCCUCAAGGAAAGCCAGGCUCGCCAGGAUAUCAAGGACCUCCUGGACCACCUGGACCUGCUGGCUCCCCAGGUCAAUCUUACGAAGUACCGGCUUAUCAAGCACCGGCCUAUCAAGAACCGGUAUACCAGUCCUCAGCUUACAGUCUGCCAGUGUCUCAGCCCAGUUACGAGCCCCCAGCAAUUAGUUAUGGUUAAAAACAUCAACUUUAAAAGUUGAAUCGUUUAAAAGAUUUUACGGCAAAUAUUUUUUCCAUGUCCAGAGACUUCAAGAGUUUAUUUUACUUAUGUGUACCAUGGUUAUACUAUGCUGGUUUCAUGAAUUUGUGCAAAUUGUAAAUACACCAUGCGUAAGAAAAA